GCACCCUCAUCUCGGCAGCAGCACAGCAGAACGCGGUAGUGGCAAUAAAUUAGCAGCAGGAGCAGCAGCACAACAGCAGUUCGGAGGAGGCGGUCACCGGACCCACAUUUGCACAUCUCUCGCUCAGGCUUGGACCAGAACGAAAAACCCAAGCAGCCCAGCGCAGAGCAGAGAGCCAGGCGGCCCUCUUCCCAAAUCCCCCUUCUUUCCUCUUUCUUGUUGUCGCUCCUCCCCUCCGUUGCAUACCCAGCUCGACCCUCGAGAUCCGCUUACCCGCAGAGAAAAUCCACUGCGAUCUGGAGACGGAGAAUGUGAAGGGGAAGCAGCAGUAGCGGCAGUAGUAGUGGCGGCGGAUUUAUGGCUGCGAAUGGCCAUGGCGGCGCUGGAGCUGGCGGUGGAGGCGCCAGCAGCAGGGCAGUUGGCGGAAGCCCCGCGACCUCGAUUACCGCCGCGGCGGCCACGGCUAUUGGGUCUGCGGAGCUGCCGCUCCGUCCUCAGGAGAGGCUGAGUAGAUGGGGAGGUUGCUUUGGAGGACUGUCCUGUUUUGGGUCACAAAAGAGAGGGAAACGAAUUGCUCCAGCUUCCCGAACUCCAGACGGGAAUGCAUCAUCUAGUCGUGUAAAUGGCCCUCAAUCUGCUGGAAUUUCUAGUGAAAAUACAAUUCUGAACUUGUCUAUUCUUGCCCCACCAUCAUCUCCAGCUUCUUUCACAAACUCAACACUCCCUUCGACAGCCCAAUCACCCAACUGUUUGUUGUCAAUGUCAGCAAUUUCACCUGGAGGACCAUCUUCAACCAUUUUUGCAACUGGGCCAUAUGCUCAUGAAACCCAAUUGGUCUCACCUCCUGUUUUCUCUACCUUUACAACUGAACCUUCCACUGCACCACUGACCCCUCCACCUGAACUCGCUCACCUUACAACUCCGUCAUCCCCAGAUGUGCCUUUUGCUCGGUUUCUGUCAUCAUCUCUGGACAUUAGAAGUGCUGCGAAAGAGAAUGGAAUGCCUUAUUUAUCAUCUAAUUAUGGUGUUGGAAGUGAAUUCCAGGCAAAUUAUCCUCUUUAUCCUGGAAGUCCUUCUAGUAGCCUCAUAUCACCUGCCUCUGGAACCCCAAGAACUGGGCUAUCAUCUCCUUUUCCAGAGAGGGAUACUCCUAGACAGUGGGAUUCUUCUGCAUCUGCCCAGGACUCACCAUGCUCCAGGAAUGGGGCAUCAAAGCUUUUUGGGCUUAAUUCAGCUGCAACGCGAAAUUUUAUACUAUGUCCAGAUUCCAGUUUCUUCUAUCCUGCAACAUCUGCUCAGUUUCACUUGGAUCAGGCACAGCAAUCAGCUCCUCAUAGUGGAGGAAGGCAUAGUAUAUCCAGGGAAGCUGAUGUCUACUCCAGUGGCAACAGACAUAGUAAAGCUUGCAAGCAAGAUGUGGAAGAGAUUGAAGCAUACAGAGCAUCAUUUGGAUUCAGUGCUGAUGAAAUCAUCACAACACAAAACUAUGUCGAGAUAUCAAAUGCAGUAGAUGAAUCAUUUACGAUAUCUCCAUUUGCAAAUAGUAAAACUGGGAUCGAUCCAUGUCACACUGAUGAGUUUGCCGACAAAGGGAAAAGGUUAUCCAAUUCACUUGAUCCAAUGAGCACAAAGCUAGUCACUGCUCAGCUUGAGGUUGGAGUGGAUGACAGUUCUGAUCAGGAUAACAUACAUGCAGGUUCUAAACCAAACUGUGUUUGUGAAAAUACCUCUCCUUCAGUUCAUGGUAAUAUUGACUCAGUUGGUGGGGAGGAAAUUAGUUCAAGGUCAUCAGCUGAUCUGGAACCUGGCAAGCGAGCACAUCCAGGACAGUCAUUCUCAGAUGCAGAAAUUGAUUAUAGGAGAGCGAGAAGUUUGAGAGAAGCCAAUGCCAAGCUCACCUGGCGCAACUCACUGAAUUAACUUGAUCUGUUUCUAUGCUAGUUAGAAGAAUGAUCGAAUUUCUCUAUGAUUAAGUUUUUGAGCUAGCCUUGAAAAUUUUCUUGCUGCUGAUUCAGUUCAUGACUACUUGUAGGUCUUAGCAGUGCGGUGCUGUGGUUACUGGCGAGUUCUUAGGACUCCUUUCCUGUAAUCAGAUUGUGAUUAUGAUGAAGACCUUAGUUCCGCUAAUUAUCUUGUACAGUACUAUCCUUUAGCCUUUGCUAUUUAUUAAGUGUAGGGGUUUUAGCUAA